AUGUUGGAUGUGAUGUCUCUGAGUUAUCCGUUCCAAACGUUAUUACUUGGUUGUGUAACUACUCCUACUCGCAGAUACUUUUGCAGGACAAGGUGGUGCCAUGUGCAAGCCACACCCCCAUCUUCAGUUAUUUUGAAUGCAGAUGGAAGUGGGAAAUUUUCUGAGAAGAUUCAUGCCACAAACCUUGCAUCGGGAAGUGGUUCUCCCUUUGUCACUCAGGGAAGUGCUGUGGGUAUAAUUGGAGGGGUGUCUGUGGAUGCCACUCUCACAUUUUUGAGAAAACUCGUGGAGUUGAGUUCAGAAGAUGGAGGGAAUUCUAUCCCUUUUGUUCUGUGUUCUGAUCCUCUCUUGAGUAAGGAGCUUCUGUCCUUUGAAAGGAGUUAUUUUGUUUCUAGCACAAGUAGAGUGGAAAACAUGAAGCUGGAUUCUUCUCCAAUUGUGCAGAAUCUUAGAAACAAGAGGGUUUUCCUUGAGAAUUCUGGGGCCAGUUGCAUAGUCUUGCCUUGUAAUGUGUCACAUUCUUGGUAUGAACAAGUCUCCGAGGGGUGUUCUGUUCCUGUUCUUCACAUGGCCGAGUGCGUUGCCAAGGAGCUCAAGGAAGCUAAGCUAAAGCCUCUUGAAGCCGGUAGUCCUUUGCGGAUUGGAGUGCUUGCAACAAAUGCAACUCUGGCAGCUGGUUUUUAUAAAGAGAAGCUUCAGAAUGAAGGGUUUGAGGUUGUACUGCCUGAUAGAGCAACAAUGGAGCAUACUGUGAUACCUGCGAUUGAAGCUUUGAACAGAAAGGACAUGGAAGGGGCAUGCAAUCUAUUGAGAAUUGCACUUCAAGUUCUUUUGGUGAGAGCAGCAAAUUCUGUUAUUCUUGCUUCUGAUGAUAUGCGGGACCUCUUGCCCCCAGAUGAUCCUCUUCUCAAGAAAUGUGUUGAUCCAAUGGAUGCAUUAGCCAGGUCAACUAUGAAAUGGGUAAAAUCCUCUGGGCAUAAUACAUGA